UUGCUAUAUUUUUUUAUCGGUCAUCCAGGCAGCAUGGUAAAGAAAAAGCGUCUGAGGCUUAUAGCCGAGAUGGCACGGAAGAUCAGGGCCUACCGGGAGCUGAAGAAUCGACCCCAGGACUCUCAGCGCUAUGCGCUGGACUACGACACCAUGACACGACCCUUCACUGGCAAAAAGCUGCCAGUGUUGGCUUGGAAAGAUGUGCGGCAAGAAACACGCCUCUUUUUGUUACUGGCUGGCAUGCGCAUGUUUGGUGUGGGUCGACUCUUUACACGCAAGUCAUGGCUGGACGAGCAUACAGAGCCAUGCUACUGGAAAAUAACAAAAGUCAAGGUGGAUUAUACAGCAGAGAACAUGGAUCAUGGGAAAGCAUGGGGCGUUCUAACAUUUAAAGGUAAAGAGGAGGCUAGAGAGCGUGAAGUGGAUAAGGUGAUGUACCAUGACUGGCGACUGGUGCCCAAACAUGAAGAAGAGGUCUUCAAACGCUGUGAACCUGUCCCUGAGCCUCCUGUGCGUUACGCGAGAUACCCGCCUCUCCUGCGUGCGAUGAUCCUGGCCCAGCAAGCCAAGCAGCUGGGUGUGGAUGCCAGCACUGUCCCAGAGCCCACUCUCCCAUUGAAACGAGAUGCCCUGCUCAAUUAUGAGUACUUCAGGAAUCAGGGUGAGAAGAAGAAACAGGAGGGUACACCUGUCUGAUGCUCCGGUCCACUUCAGAGGGGUUAAGGUCAUAGCGAGGAGAUCUGAGUUCUAUUGCAGUGGUCUUGAUAGGAACUGCUUCUUUUGUUCCUAAUUUUAUAGGCACUGCUGGCUGGUUAAAGUCUAGUUUGUGUUUUAAUGCUGUAUUUUGGUAAAACAAAAUAUAGCCUUACAUUUUCAUCUGUCUUCCUGGGAUCAUGUGGCUAAUGAUGGCGGGGGAAGAAGGAGAUCUGUUUGGACACAUGACCAAACCCAAAAGGAUAAUCCUCUGUGGAAAGACUCAGUUUUUUUGUCGUCAAGUUAAUAUCUGUGUGAUAUUCUUUACAGUAUGUGAGCUAAAUAUGAAGUUGUAUGCAUUAUUUUCAGAUAAAGAAUAAAAAUGGGUCAAGUGAA